CUGACUCCGCCCCGGCAGCUCCUCCAGCUGCCGCCUGUGUGCUGCAUGUUUGGGAUUGUUGUGAUGAGGAGGCCGCAGCCAUCUUGGAUCAGCGCCGCUCCGCACCGAGCAGCGUUAGAAGGAGGAGGACGACGUUAACGGCGGCGCCAGCGAAGCUAACGUUAGCUCCUCGGCCCCGGAAAAGCCUCGACCCCGUCUCCGUCACAAUGCUCCGCGAACGCCCUCUUCCCCCGUUUGUCGCCGCCUCGAACGCAUGAAGGGAAAUGGGUGAAAGCAGCGUGAAGCGUUUAACGUGAUAGUUCCGGAGGAGGAAGGUGGGAGGCGGCGACGACGGUACAGAUCCUCGGUCUAUGUUUUCACAUUUCUGGAUAGAGGAGUUACUAUGAAUGGAGGAUAAAUGUUGCCGAAGGCUGACAGCAGCAGUUUCGUCCUCUUCUCUCUCCUCUUCGUCCUCACGCUAACGGACCCACCACGGACAGGUCCACGGCUAGCUCUGGCAAGAUUAUUGUCAGAGCAGCGCUGCAGCCCCGGGCAGUUUGCCUGCCGCAGUGGGAAGAUGCAGUGUAUCCCAAUGUCCUGGCAGUGCGACGGCUGGACAGCAUGCGAGGACAAGAGUGACGAGAUGGACUGCCCCCCUGUAAAGGAGGAGAGGUUCCGGUUUGGUAACGGGUAUGACCAGGUAGAAGACGUCAUUGGCGUGGCUCAGCCUGUGCGCUUCAACAUUUCUCCUUGGUCCACAGAGAAAUGCCCCAGCGGGUGGCACCACUAUGAGAAGACAGCCAGCUGUUACAAAGUGUACCUGCGGAACGAGAACUACUGGCAGGCCGUGGACACUUGUCAGAAAGUCAACGGCUCGCUGGCCACGUUUGUGACCAACGAGGAGCUGCAGUUCAUCCUAAAGAUCGAGGUGGACUUUGACGAUAAAGUCUGCGAGCGCAAAGACCAGUGCAAGUUUUGGGUGGGCUACCAGUAUGUGAUCACCAAUCAGAACCACUCCCUGGAGGGCCGCUGGGAGGUAGCAUACAAAGGAUCAAUGCAGGUGUUUCUUCCACCUGAGGGUCUCACCAGUUUCGGGGAGGCGUCUCCCACCCAGGAAAACGUCUUCUGUGCUCAGCUCCAGCGCUUUCAGAUCAAAAGCAUGAAUGAACGAGGCCUUCACAGUUGGCACGCCGAGAACUGCUACAAGAAGUUCCCCUUUCUCUGCAAGAGGAGGCAAACAUGUGUGGAUAUAAAAGACAAUGUCGUAAACGAGGGCUACUACUUCACCCCCAAGGGGGACGACCCAUGUCUGAGCUGCACGUGUCACGACGGCGAGCCUGAGAUGUGCGUGGCAGCGCUGUGCGAGCGGCCGCAGGGCUGCCAGCACUUCCGCAAGGAUCCUAAAGAGUGCUGCAAGUUCACCUGCCUGGACCCAGAGGGAAACAGUCUCUUUGACUCGAUGGCCAGUGGAAUGAGACUGAUCGUCAGCUGCAUCUCGUCCUUCCUCAUCCUCUCCCUGCUGCUCUUCAUGGUGCACAGACUCCGACAGCGACGGCGCGAACGCAUCGAGACACUGAUUGGAGGAAAUUUGCACCACUUUAACCUUGGAAGACGAGUCCCCGGCUUUGACUACGGCCCGGACGCCUUUGGCACCGGCCUCACUCCCCUGCAUCUGUCUGAUGAUGGAGAGGGAGGAGCGUUUCAUUUCCAGGAGCCUCCGCCCCCGUACGCAGCCUACAAGUACCCCGACAUCCAGCACCCCGAUGACCCCCCUCCCCCGUACGAGGCCUCCAUCAACCCGGACAGCCUCCUCUACGUGGACCUCGGACACAACAGGGUUUCCAUGGUGCCGAGCCAGAUGAACGCCAUGGUGGACGGCCUGCAGGCAGAUAUUCCCAACACGUCUUGCCCCAUGCCGGGCUCGGCGCCGGCCACUCAGGAGAGGGAGGACUCCAUAGAUAGCAGCACCCUCCUGGUGGGGCCUGACACGCCGACAGAUGGCCACGCCCCCGCCCCCAUGCCUGCAGACUGCACCACCCUCAGCACCGUGGUAUAGGACGGCAGGAAGCUGCACCCGGACAUUACCUGCUGGUGGAGGAGGGUCGUGAGAACGUCCUGCACACAGGAGAGGACACAGCACGUUGUUGUGUCAUUCAUCUAAAACGCUGACGGCAGAGAGGAGCGUUAUUAUUUGUACAGACGAAUCAGGAGCUGGAGCAGCCUGUUCUCUUUAAGGUGACGGGAUCGAUGCCCUGAUUCUGAAAAUUGUGCAGUUGGACUUCUGAAUUUGUUUUAGUUUUUUUUUCCACCAGCAUCCGAGGCAGCAGAGAGAGAACUGUUUCUGUACAGAGAAGAAAAACAAUACGUUCAAUCUGAGACGGCUACACUUUUACUUUUAGCGUCGACUGAGCGAAGCUUUUUGAAAACAUCUCAGAGUUGACCUGCUUGGUCGAGACGCCCUGAUGUAAAUACCCCCCCUCAGGUCUGUGCCCGUCAGAUUUGUAAUACUUGUGUGUUUUAGUCCAGCACAAGACAGGGAAAAAAUGACAGACGUACAGUGAAGCCAGCUUUUGUUCCUUGUGCUUUUUCUGUUUGCGUCAUUUAAACAUCUGCAAAAUCAUGUUCCCAUCAGCCCCGUCUGUCGCAGCAUGUCCCCCGAACAAGAUUUCUACUCGCUCGUCCAAACCUUCUGACCUUACACUUUCUUAUUAGUCUGAUACAUGAAGCCGUCUUCCAGGUUUAUAGCUCAUAUUUGCAGCGAGAGAUGUUUUGUAGUGAGGAGGUUUAACCUCCAUAAGAAGGUACGAUUAGUUUCCUCCUGUAAGGUUUUUCUCAGCUGACACGACGCGUUCUGUAUCAGCGAAUGUUGUAGUACUGAUAAAUACUGAAUUUGUGUUUCUCUUUGACGAUUAUUUAUGACUGCCGGUUGUAAUCUUGAUUGAUUUAUUGUGGGACGGUCGCGGUGACGCUUUUUCAAGUGUGCAGAUAAGUGAUGAUCAAUUAAAUUUGAGGAGAAAAGUUUGUUUAAAAUCACAAAUUAUGAUCGUAAAUUCAUUGAAUUACGCAGUGUUGUUACUUCGUCAACUCUUCACAGGGUAGUUGUGUAAACGAACCAUGUUCAGUAACGAAGCUCAUCCCUCGAUUAAAUCAGUUUUUCUUUUUUUAUUUGGAAAGUUGAUUUGUCAGUUGUCGUGUGUGUGUGUGUGUGUGUGUGUGUGUGUGUGUGUGUGUGUGUGUGUGUGUGUGUGUGUGUGUGUGUGUGUGUGUGUGUGUGUGUGUGUGUGUGUGUGUGUGUGUGUGUGUGUGUGUGUGUGUGUGUGUGUGUGUGUGAGAGAUCUCUCAGUACAUCUGUUAUCAAGCUUGUUUUUCAGCUACUGACGUCACUGACUGUAGAUGUGAAUCGUUUCUGUUUCGGUGUUGAUGGGUCUGUUGUUCUUGUUUCUCAGUGGGAUUGCAGCAAAAAACUAAAAAAAAUUGUAAUAAAAGAAAAGUGUAAACUGUAUACUUGGAACAGGUUUGACCCCCCCCCGGUUACCACGACAAUCGUUUGACUCGCCCGAGGAUGAAUUUUAUCGAACGAGCCACAACCACCAGCAUCCAACAAGCUUUUGAUCGGACAUUUACCAAAACGGUUGUGAAGGAAUGACUGUGCAACAUCUGUCAUGUUUGGAUGUUCUUUAUGAAAUAUAUUUUUUUUGUGUGCUAUUUUCCCCUUUUUAUUUCCGCAUAUUGACAAUCCGCAGUGGAUACUCCAUCAAACAAGAUCUCAUGAAUUGUCUGAACCGUAACAUGCAUGUGUGUAAACGAGGUGGUGCACUGGUCUGGAUCUUUUUAAUUUUCUCAUCAACGCUUGUUUGGUUGAAAUGUUUCUGACCUGCAGUGCAUGUUUUUAAUCCUCUGGCAUGCUGAGAGAAUUGAUUUUUGAUUUAUUUUUAUUUAAAACAUUUUGGAUGGAUAUAUUUUUAGCUCAACAGUGUGUGUCCUGUACAGUCGGUUCAAAACCUUCCUGCAUUUAGUUUAAAAUUCUCCGUGUGUGUCCACGACCCGAACAGCAGCAUUUACACUGUAGAUCCUGUGCGAGACUAUGGUGGGUGUGAGAACUAACUUUAUUGGAUUUUGAAAUGUUUUAUGUAAAAUAUGAUAAAUCGCUACGUUUUACUGUCUUUUAUUUCUUUAGCCUUUUAAAUUUUACAAAAAUGCUUCAUUUGCAGAGGGGAAGGGGGGGGCUUGUGUUUCUUUUUUGUUUUUCUGAGGUAGAUGUACAUCUAAUCAAAUGCCAAAUAAAUUGCACCAUGAA